GUACAUGACGUGAACCCAACGCUGACUGCGGACAGGUAAUUGGACGCAUGACGUCACACGAUUAGCGCCGCUGCGAAAGGUUUUCGGGUUCAGGUGAUGUUCAGGUUGAAUUCCGCCCGCUGAUUGUCUUAGACGAUGGAAGCCUUUCAGGUGGCACUCGUCCGUACGAGGGGCUGAACAUGAAGGCUACCAGCGGUCACGACUGUCUGAGACUCCGCGUACUGUCGUGUUUGUUUGUCUUGCACAUAUCUGCGCGCGUGGCUGGGAACAUGGCCUCUCCGACACAAUUUGGCGUCGCCAGUACAGAAGUUCGCCGAAAUCGACACCCAAAACAGAGGAACUCCGAAGAUGAAGCUAUGCGACUCAUGUUAAGCCUAUACAGGAUAGCGGUGGAUGCAAAUGGACGACCAAAGCAGCACAAGUUAUUUGGGUCCAACACUGUAAGGCUGCUUCAAGCGUCCAGCGCUGAAAAACACUUUCUCCGGAAUUCAAGUGACCUUCAGUAUACCUACACAGUCAAAUAUGAACUGGAGAACCUCUCGUUGGACAAAUUGGUGAGGGCCUCUUUUAUGCACCUGAGGUCUCCUGUGUCAUCGCAUCUUCCUUUUAUCUGUGAGGCAAGAGUCACGUCACUUCAAGAUCUUCCUGCAGGUGAGCGUGUCAUCAUGGGUCCUCGAAGCCUGUGGACCGAAUCUGAUGUCACAAGCCACGUGUCCGAGUCGAAAGAUGGCCAUGUGUCCCUCUUUGCUCAUUAUCGAUGCAUAAAACAAGAACUACAUGCCAGGUCUAUUACACAUCGAAAACGCUUCCCACCUCAACACCAUCUUCGAGCUCCAGUUUUGCUGCUCUUCUUGGAGGAGAACAAGCAGCCUGUGGAAUGGGGGAAGCACUUCACGCCCCUUUCUCGCCCCAGGAUCCGUCGGUCCAAGGAAGCUGGGAGCAUCGUCUCUGACAUCCCCAACUACAAGCAAGGGCAGAACAGCGUGACCAAAAACCAGUGCAAGCUGCACUCCUACCGUGUGACCUUCAAAGAUUUGGGAUGGGACCACUGGAUCAUUGCGCCCCACAAGUACAAUCCUCAUUACUGUAUGGGUGAUUGUCCUCGUAUCCUGCAUUACGGCUACAAUUCACCCAACCAUGCGAUCAUGCAGACAUUAAUCAGCGAGCUUGGUGAGGCAGAUAUCCCGUUGCCCUCUUGUGUUCCUUAUAAAUACAAACCUGUCAGUGUGCUGAUGAUGGAGAAGAACGGAAACAUUGUUUAUAAAGAAUAUGAAGACAUGAUUGCAGACUCCUGCACCUGCAGAUGACUUUGGGCUCAGGGUCAGAUAAGGACAAGAACUGAAAGGUCCUAAAGGACAUUCUGAAUUUGUACAAGCACAAUAUGAGAGAUGAGAUGAAAGUAAUGGCUGUAUUGGAGAUGAUUUACCUGUUGCCAUUUCUUGCGCAGUGCUAAUAGCAUUCACACAGCAAGGUUUCUGUAAGACUUGAACUGUUGAGUGUGAUCGAUUCAGUCUCAUCUCUCACAGUACCUGAAUUUUUGGGAAUGUAUGCAUGAAUAAGUGGAUUCUGAUUGUUAAAUGAAUGAGCUACUAUCAUGUUUUUUUUCUUCUUUUCUAUUUACUCUAUGUAUGUUAUUUGGUUCUGUCUAGUGUGUGUGUGUGUUAAUGUGACAUCUUCGAAAUGUAUUUAUGGAGAGGAAUGGAGUAGGAACAUUUUGGCACUUUAUUGAGGACACUGUACUGAAAAGUCUGUCGAAAGAAAAUAGGAAAAUGGAGAAAGAAAAAAUAAUGAAGCAUGAAAGAGCCCCGUCGGUUGACUUGUAGGCUUUAGUGUUGUUGCUGUUUCUCUUGUGUCUGUUGCAUUUGUAUUCUCUUUCUGAAUGCACCGAUUUUGCCAAUAUUUGACAAAGGGAACAGCAUCCGAAUGCAAGUGGAGAAAUGGAGCAGAUGCCAGUUUUGCACUACCUCAAAGAAGACAUCCAGUAAGAGAUCGAAAAAGACACUUUCAGAGAUGUAUUUCUUAGAGGAGGAAUGGAAAUGUAUGCACCUAAAGGAAUGUUUUAAUCCCAUGAUGAAAGAUGAUGAAAUAAAGCAGGUAUUUUGUAUUUAAAAAAAGAAAGCAAGCUUA